AUGGUGAUGUCGAAUGCAGAUGAGAUUGAAGACGAAAAGGUUGAAGAAGGAAAGGUGGGAGAUUGGAGGCGACCGGAUUUGGGAGGGAAACGAAACUUCAAAAUAUUUAGGGGAAAAGGAAGCGGCGGCGGUGACAGUGGGGGUGGCGGUGGUGAUGGCGGUGGUGGUGCUGGUGGUGGUGAUGGUGAUGAUAGUGAUGAUGAUGAUGAUGGUGAUGGUGAUGGUGAUACUGAUGGUGGUGGUGAUGACAGUGAUGGUCACAGUGACGGUGACAAUGAGGAUAACGAUGAGGAUGGUGGUGGUGGUGGUGAUGGUGAUGUGAUGAUGAUGAUGAUGGUGAUGGUGAUGGUGAUGGUGAUGAUGGUGGUGGUGGUGAUGAUGAUGAUGAUGAUGGAUGACGAUGGUGGUGGUGGUGGUGAUGAUGAUGGUGGUGGUGGUGGUGAUGAUGAUGAUGAUGAUGAUGGUGAUGAUGAUGAUGAUGGUGGUGGUCAUGAUGAUGAUGAUGAUGAUGGUGGUGGUGGUCGUGAUGAUGAUGAUGAUGCUGAUGGUGAUGGUGAUGAUGAUGAUGAUGAUGAUGAUGAAGAUGGUAGUAGUGAUGAUGAUGAUGGUGGUAGUGAUGAUGAUGAUGAUGGUGGUGGUGGUGGUGGUGGUGGUGAUGAUGGUGGUGGUGGUGAUGGUGAUGAUGGUGAUGAUGAUGAUGUUGGUGAUGGUGGUGAUGGUGAUGAUGGUGAUGGUGAUGAUGAUGAUGGUGAUAAUGGUGAUGGUGAUGAUGAUGAUGAUGAUCACCAUCAUCAUCAUCAUGAUGUAGUUAUCUUUAUUCCUCAUGUUGCUGCUUACAAAAAAGGUUAUAAUAUUAUUUUGAAACAGAAGUCGAUGGGGGUGGCAAUGAGCAAGUGCAGGAAAGAGUGUGAAGAUGAACAAAUGAAGAGAAAGAAGAAUGAGGUUCAUUGGUUUGUGUUUCUUCCAGAUGACGUUGUUUUAAGUAUACUUAAAAGGCUUCCUAAUGUUUUCCUUCGUUAUAACGCUAAGGCGCCAUGUGGAUGUAAGGGAAGAAGACAAGGACUGGAAGCCAAUAUGGAAAAUCUUGACAUACAUUUGUUUGGAAGGAUAAAGUCAUGGUAUAACGAGUUUCUUCUGAUAACAAAUCCCACCAGAAGAAGAAACUCACUGUAUAUUUUCAAUAUAAUCACCAAGGAAAGAUCAUUUCUUCAAUUCUUCCCAAAUGUCCAACAUCUUGUGCACAACAUGAUGCAAGCAGAUGUGAAAUGGCCCUUUCCUUUGGCAAAUCCAAGGGAGUAUACAAGGGAUAUGUUUGAGUCGGUUUCAGUUCAGGUUCAAGGAAUGUACUUUCAUUGGAAUGUUAAUUGUUCUGAGUAUCUGGUUUCCGUUGAUAUGAUAAAAGAAGAAGUUCUUCAAAUGACACUACCUGAAUCUGAAUCUGAAUCCAGUGAGCUUAAGAGACUCUACUAUUCGAUUUUUGAGAUGGGUGGUUUUCUCACCCUCAUUGAUGGAGUUUCUCGGGACAAAACUGACAUAUGGAUUCUUAAAGAUUUUCAAAGUAUGACGUGGGAGAAGUUGCUAUCGAUAACUCAUGUCCCGGAUCAUGAGUUUGGAAGAUAUCAUGGUGCUGCUUUUCGGUAUCCAGUUUGUGGCGUGAUAAGCAAGCGAUAUAUCGUUUUCAUGAAAUCAAGAUGGGGUAAAAGUUUGGUAAGUUAUGAUCUGAAAAGUAGAGUCUUUAAAGAGCUAAACAUCCGCAUUGAUUUAGGUGAUCUGUAUGUGGUUCAUUCAUCAGGACCAAGUGGAAAAACCACGAGGGAGGAGGUAUAUAUAUCGGUGUAUAGUUCUAAAGUUGCUGGAUUAAUUAUAGCUGAUGAAAUUAAAGUUUUCACCGGUGGUGGUGGUGGUGGUGCUUUCCGUCUUCGACUGCCUAAAGCUUCCCCAUUGCGGUGGUGUUUAGAAUUCGGGCUUAUCUCCUUCACCAAUCUUCCUAUGUUAUUGUAG